GAAAAAAUCUGAUAAAAAUCCGUAAUCAUCAUGCCACCCGUCCGAUUGAGACAGUCCAAAUUGUCCAACAAACAAGUCCAGAGGCAGAGGACCUCACCUGCCAGGGGAAGAGGGAGGCGAAGGACAGUUCAACCUGACGAAGCAGCAACGUCUUCAGAUACGGUCAAUGUGUCUGCAUCCAUCAUGCCCACACAGAUGAUAGAAGAGAGUCAGCAACCACCACAGCAGGCUGGUUUAAACACAGCUGCAAGCUCUGUGGCGGAACCCAUGCAGCAAUCAACUGCAGGAAACAACAGUCCAAAUACUAGUCAUGGUACACAAGCCAACACAUCACUAUUUACACUGGGUCAUACUCCAAUUAAACUUCCUCGCCUUUAA